GUUAAACUUUUGGCGCUAGGUGGCGGUAGCUUACAUUUUCUUGGUUAAAUAUUGGUUUGUAUGGUGGAAAGCAUCGAUGGUGCCCGUACAUUGUGAAUGUUAAAGUUCACGGAAUUUUUUUUUUCUUCGAAAAUAACGAAAUCCUCGGAGUGAGACGCUGGGCCAUGUUAAAUGCCGCGUGCGUGGCGUCCGCGGCCCGGGCGGUGCUGGAAAUGGUCCAGUUCGACUGGGAGCCGCUGUCUGACGGGGAGCUGGACCAGCGCCUGGACCGUGCCGUGGAGGAGAUUCUGGAAGCUGAGCUAAUCGAGAAAGCAAGAGCCAUUGUUGGGCCAACGUAUGUGCUUCAAUCGGAGCAAACGGCACCGUUUGGGCAAGCGGAGACUCUGACACACUCACAGCAGCUUGAGCGCCCACUCCCACAGGGGUCUCAGCAGUCACAACCGCCAAGCAAUGCAGAGGAAGACAACGGCACAGUCAAGUAUGUCACAGAGCUCCUCCAGAACUCAGACUCCAGCUACAGCCGGAGCAGGCUGACGGGCAGGGCUCGUCUGUCCCUCCCCCACACGGUGCUCCUGUCGCUCACCCUCCUCUGCACGAGGCAGAGCUACCGGUCCGUCUCCAGCCGCUUCCGCGUGGAGAAAGGGAACAUCCACCGUGUCUUCUUCUCCUUCUGCCAACGCGUCAACGCUCUGUCCCCGCAGCAGAUCCGCUGGCCCACCGGCCAAGAGGCAGUGCCAAACCUGGACUUCCUGUCUGGAACGGAGAGUUUAGAGAACCCUGCAAUCCCCAAGGUGUUUGGAAUUCUGGGAAGUACUCGCAUUCCUAUCCGUCUCCCAAUCGGGAAGCAGCAGAUGGAGGGCGGGGCGCUGGAAGUGAAAAGAAUGAAAAAGGAAGUCCAUCCCGACUCCUGGCUCAACCUCGAGCUGGUGUGUGAUGGCCAGGGAAAGUUUCUGCACUGCAGGAUCAGCAAGGGCUCUGACACCGACAGAGCCAGCUCUCUGAGGGACACACUCAAGCAGAACCCCCAAAUGCUACCAGAAGGCUCCUGCUUGGUGGCCAGGACAGGGUACCCCCUCUCUGCCCAAAUACUGACCCCAUACGCCACACAGUCCUCUCCCAGGGAGGAUCUGUACAAUCGGACCCUGGAAGCCCAUUUGGACGUCUUUGAUCAGGCAGUGGCCGAGCUCAAAGCUCGCUUCCAGCGGCUGAUGUACUUGGACAUGGGGAAUUUUCAAAGGGCGCAUGCAGUGGUGCUGACCGCCUGCAUUCUGCACAAUGUAUUCCUGCAGAUGGGAGACAGAGACAGCGUCUCCGACAGGACUCAGAAGGAGGAACGAGAGAAUGAGGGGGAAGGAGAGGAGGAGGAGGAGGGUGUGCGAAAGAGGGAGGACAUUGCAGAUUUGCUGUACAGAGAGAUGGAGGCUGGCAGACUUAAAUGUGCUUAGGUGCAUAGUGUAACAUCACGCACAGGAGGAGGCAGGGGUGGAGGGCAUUGGAUUGUAAUACAGAGCGAUAAUUCGUUUUUCAGGAACACUGAAUUAAUGGCUUGUUUUUGUUCACUUUGUUGUUUACCUGAAUUGUUCUCUUAACAAACUGAUUCUGCAAGCAAGAUUCAGGUUUUGUGAACCAACAAAAAAAAAAACUGCUAUU